AUGUCAGCUGUAGUAGCACCCAUUUUAAACUUUGGAUUUGGUUCUUCUCUUUUAUUAUUUCCAGCACAAGUACAGUUGGAGGAAGUUGGGCGGAAGAAGAUUGCAUUAUCACCACAAUCUAAACUAAGGUCGUUAAUGACUGAAACGAAAAAUUCUGAGCUUCCGUCACCAUUAUCUUUAAUAUUAAAUUCAUCAGUGACAUCCUUUAUUAAAUUUCCACACCCAUCGAUUAUUUCAAUUGAGUGGCGUUCGGAUGAGGGAAGCCCGCCAAAGAAUUUGCCAGUGAAUUUUAUUGAUCCAUGUUCAUUUUGUGAGCCGGUGAUUAAGCCACUGAGUUCAUUAUCGAAUUCGGCACUUGCUACGGAACACGAACAGACUUUGUCUUCAUUACGCUUUAAUAAUAAACUUCUUUUGCCAGUGAAUUUUAUUGAUCCAUGUUCAUUUUGUGAGCCGGUGAUUAAGCCACUGAGUUCAUUAUCGAAUUCGGCACUUGCUACGGAACACGAACAGACUUUGUCUUCAUUACGCUUUAAUAAUAAACUUCUAGUGCAUAUAUUGGUAGAAGAAACUGCAGCACUUAGAAUAGCGAUAAUGAAAAAUAAAGCAUAA